UUGCUCCAGUCUGGCUCCGGGAAGAAGGGCGCGAGAUAGAAAUUUCUAAGCGCGGAAGGAGCGAUCGUUCCGCCGCAGCUGAUCGCACCCUGACUGUAGACUUCAGCUCUAAAACUCCACCUCCUGCACUGUUGGAUGCCUCUUCAAAUCCUCCAUAAAGUGCUGAAAGUCGUGAUAUUAUCAACUUUAUUUGCACAUGACGUGCAGCAGCGGUAGGGAGGAUCACUGGCGCACCGUAAACAAGAAGAAAACAAGGGAGGGAAAUGUCCUGGUGGGCGCGCGGUGAGGAUGGAGACGAAGCCAUGCAUCAGGAUACGGAUUCUGAUGUGGCUGAGCAGAAGGAAGGAGGGAAGGGGAAAGUGAAGUGGACACAAGAGGAGGAUGACAGACUCAAAAUACUGGUUCAGAAGCUGGGCUCCGAUGACUGGAGGAGCAUAGCCUGCUACUUCCCAAAUCACACAGAGCAGCAGUGUCAGCACCGCUGGUUUAAGGUCCUGGAUCCAGAACUGGUUAAAGGCCCCUGGACCAAGGAGGAGGAUGAGAAAGUCAUAGAGCUUGUGAAUCUCUACGGCAACAAACAGUGGGCAAUGGUGGCCAAGCAUCUGAAGGGCAGGCUGGGUAAGCAGUGCAGGGAGCGCUGGCACAACCACCUGAAUCCCAACGUAAAGAAGUCAUCGUGGACAGCUGAGGAAGAUCUCAUUAUCUACAAGGCCCACUGCCUGCUGGGAAACCGCUGGGCUGAGAUUGCAAAGCUGCUCCCCGGAAGGACAGACAAUGCUGUGAAGAACCACUGGAAUUCCACCAUCAAACGCAAGUUGGAGAUGGGCUUCUACUCUCGAGAGGUGUUCAGACCAAAUGAGCUUGAUGAGAUGUUGGCGCGCUUAAAUGGAGACAUGCAGGGGGCCAGUAGCUCCCAGGAUCCUUCCAGCAAAGAAUUGGACCAGAAAAUCAUACUUUCAGAAACGGCAGCACCUGUAGCUGUAACCACCGAUGAAGCAGAGCCGUCCAAAGCUGCCUCCACACCCAAGAACAGUGCAAGCAUCAAGAGUGAUGAUGAAACCAGCGAAGAGCCAAAUGGGACCAACUGGGUGGUUGACAGCUCCGGGUUUCUUUCCCCUACGGGACCCGCGCUAAAGGAAGUACUGGAGAUGGUGGACGGGGACUUGGACGGCUGGUGUAACCUGGCGGCGUUCGACCUGCCGGUGGACAGCCCCAGCCCGGAGCGGCACCAGUUUCGCCUGGAAGGCAGCGCCCUGCAAGAGCUGAGCAAAUGCAGCAAAGGAGAACUCAUCCCCAUCUCCCCCGGAGGGAUCAGCCCACCGUCCAUACUGACCCGCCGCAGCCGGAGACGCGUCACAUUGUCUCCAGACAGCGGCCACUCUAUGACGCCAAAGAGCACUCCUGUCAAAAUCCUGCCUUUCUCUCCAUCUCAAUUCCUGAAUCUAUGGACGAAGCAGGACUCCCAUGACCUGGAAAACCCCUCCCUUACGUCCACGCCAGUGUGCAGUCAGAAAGUCAUUGUGACCACGCCGCUGCAGCGUGACAAGACCCCCCUCACCCAGAAGGAGAACUCAGUGUUUGUUACACCCAACCGCAAGUCUGAGAUCUGCUUUACCCCACGGACUCCAACGCCGUUCAAAAACGCCAUGGAGAAGUACGGCCCUCUGCAGCCUCUGCCACAGACUCCAAACCUUGAAGAUGACAUCAAUGAGGUCAUCCUCAGAGAUGCAGGAGUAACCUCUUUGGUCAUACAGGAGACGCCACCGGAUCCAAGGCGCAAAACAAUGAAUCGCCCUCCUAUGAAUAAAGUACGGAAGUCCCUGGCUCUAGAUGUCAAGGAGGUGAUCCCAAAGUCUAAACGCAAAUGCAGCAAAGCAGAGGCCAGACGCACCAUUAAGGAAGAACCUGUUACAGUUUGUUUCAACUCCUCGUCGUUUUACAGCCAGAGGCCUGAAAACAUCUUAGACCAGGGCUUUUUGAUGGGACCAAGUGACACGAGCAUAUUUCCCAGUGCUGUGCCUCCUGCACCUAUGUCAAAAGAAUGGAUGAAAGUUGUUUGCGGGCAAACUAAAGACCAGCUGACCAUGACGGAGAAAGCAAGGCGUUACCUUAGCUCUCUGAAGAGCCAUACUCCCAGCCGGGCUCUAAUUCUGUCCUAAGAAUCGUCUGCCUCACAGUGGGAUGUGGUUUAAAGAUAAAAUGGGCAGGAAUAUUGUCUUAUUAUUGUUGUUUAUAGGUGUUAAAAAAAGAAUGAUGGUAAGAUUUAAAGACAUGGGUAAAGUUUUAAAUUGGUGAAAAGCCAGAGUUUUUGUGAGUGAACUUUCUGUAAUGUGAUCUUCAAAUUCAGGUAGCACCUCAAUAAUCCAUCCACAUGCAGAGAAACUAGCAUAUUGUAAACUUACAUGAAUAAGGCUGAUCCUCUACUUAUUAGAAAGACAAAGUUGGUUUAGCCCUGUAAUUUUUAUGCUGCAUGAAUCAUAAAACGGAGUACUUUGCUGAGCACUGUUGAGAAGGAUGAUCUAUUUGUCGUUUGUAAAUAUAUUCAGCCUAACUUGUUUUACUGUGUUUUUUCAAAAGUUGAAAUAAAAACUAAUUGCAUGUUAA